AUGGCGCAGCGUAAGGCAGACAUUUCCGUGGCACCGCAGUGGCAGCAUACACAGUGGGCUGAGACCCAGGGCAGGCAGGGCGCGCAGAACCAGCAGAACCCAACGGAGGAGUGGCAGGGCGCGCAGACUCAGUCGGACCAGCAAGAUCAGGCCCGAAGUCAUCGCUGGCAGCAUCCUCCGGGCCACAGGGGGGACAAGGCGCAGGAUCGCCGGCGCGAGCUGUACCGCGCGAAGCUGGACAUCAAAAGGCUUGAGGACAGGCUGGAGGAAGUCAAGGAGCAGUGCCAGCUGGAGAAGCGAGUCAUGGCCUUGGAGCACCAGAAAAAGGAGCAGAUCGAUGCUCUGAAGGCCCAGCGCAAGACGGAGGAGGAUGGUUUGAGGGCCGAGAUCCGGACACUCAAGGCCAAGCUGGAGGCAGAAGAACAGAAGAAGAAGAUGGCGACCGCAGCAGACCUUAAGCCGUGGAUGGAUGCCAAGGACAAGUUCGUGAAGCAGGAAAAAGAGAUGACUACAAAGAUAGAUGAGCUGCGGAACGAGCGGGUCCAGCUGAAGAAGGCCAACGAAGCCCUGGAGAAGGAGGUGAAGAACGCCAAGGAGGAAAACAAGAUCAUCGUCAGCUUUUAUGAGGAUGAGAUCAAGAAGGCGCAAGGGGACAUGCUUUCAGCUCGUUUUCUUGAGCUGCUGGCCGGACAGGCGGCUGCCACCGUAGCCAGUGGGACCAAGGCCAGGUUUCUUUUCGGCGCUGCUGUUGACUUGCUUUCUGCGCAACUCCUGCAGGUUGAUGAGGGGGAGCCAGUCAAGAAGACGGAUGACAAUGAGGGUGGGCCCGUGAAGAAGACGCCGGCCAACGAGGCACGGGCUCAAGAUUCAAAGACAGCAAACGUAACUUUCGCUGACCAGGUCAAAAAGGACAAGGCUGAGAAGGUUGAGGGGCCGCCGAAGAAG